ACUCACGUUGCACAACUGUGUCAAGAGCUCGGGAAUACCAGGCGGUUUAGUUUUGUGACUGAAACCUAGAUUAAAAAUAUUUUGAUGACCACCGGAGGACCCGUUCACGGACAGAUACAUUCACGCGAGGAAACGUGCACGGCGUAAAAGUGCUCAAGACAAAUCACCCUCCCAGAAGUCUACACAAAUUAAAGAACCCAAUGGAACCCAUUCUUGUCAUCGAUCAUAUGAAGACCCCGGCUUAUCAGCGUUAUUGGCGGAAUUGACGAUGAUGUACGACCAAAGCGAGGAGAUGCCGGCUGGCGACAGCGGCCCGGACGGAGAAGAGCCUGUGAUACCGUCGGUCACAGAAGAAGAUGGCAGGCAAGAGAGGAUAUCAUUGAGAGAACGGGCUCAAACUAGAUGUGCCGGCGUUCACGAGUGCGGCGAAUCGGGUGGAGAAGUUAGGCAGGAAGACGAGGAGAUGGCUAGUGGAUCGCACGACCUUUCCUCCCCGGACAAUCAAAGUACUGGAAGCGCUACAGGAUCCACCUCUGCUUCCGUUAAGAGCAGUGUAAAUACAGAUGGGAGUAAAGGUCAGAUCCACAAAGAUAUGAUGAACACAGUGGCCGAAAUGAAGAAGAGGCUGCCAUCCGACAAACGCACCCGCAGCAAAGCCAGCACUGUGGAGGCCUUGCAUUAUGCCCUCAAGUGUGUGAAACAAGUCCAAGCCAAUAGUGAGUAUUACAAAUUGCUGAUGCGAAAUGGCCAGGAUGUGAAAAGCAACGCCACCGUUUGCACUCGUGAAGAGCUGGAGAGAGUCACCUCCGAACACACCCUCAAAAACACGGACUCCUUCGUGGUGGUGUUCUCCCUAUCGAGCGGCCACGUGCUACACGCGUCCGAGCAGGCUCCGAGUAUCAUGUGCUGCAAAAGGAAAUUCCUCGAGUCGACCAAGUUUGUGGAGUUGCUUUUCCACCAGGACGUGAAUGUCUUCUAUUCUCAUACGGCGCAGCCGCAUCUCCCGCCCUGGACCAACUCGCACACAGCGGGAGUUCUAUUUGACUCUGCCCAGGUCAAGUCUUUCUUCUGUCGAAUCAGAGGUGGCAAAGAUCGCGAGGGUGAGAUGCGGUACAAUCCGUUUCGCGUCACACCGUACCUGCUGAAAGUGCAGGGGACGGAGAACAGCAGGGAGAAUGAAGAGCUGUGUUGCUUGGCAUUGGCUGAACGGAUCAUUUCGGGAUAUGAGGCACCUCGAAUUCCCACGGACAAGCGCAUCUUCACCACCACCCAUUCACCUGGUUGUGUGUUCCUCGAGGUGGAUGACAGGGCAGUGCCGUUGCUUGGGUACCUUCCUCAAGAUCUUAUCGGCACGUCGUUGCUAACCACCAUUCAUCCAGACGACCGUGCCCUUAUGCUGUCUAUGCACCGAAAGGUGUUGAAAUAUGCGGGUCAGCCACCGUUCGAGCAUUCGCCGGUUCGAUUGCGCUGUCAGAAUGGAGACUACAUCACGUUGGACACCAGCUGGUCCAGCUUCAUCAACCCAUGGAGCCGCAAAGUGGCUUUCAUCAUAGGGCGUCAUAAAGUCAGAACGACUCCACUGAAUGAGGAUGUGUUUGCUGCUCCAAAUAAAGAGGAUUUAACUGUGACUCAUGAAGAAGUGAAAGAUUUGCAAGCCAAGAUCUAUAAGCUCUUCUUGCAGCCUGUCCAUAACAAUGGUUCCAGCGGUUAUGGCAGUUUAGGAAGUAACGGUUCUCAUGAGCAUUACAUCAGUGUAGCGUCUUCAAGCGACAGCAACGGUAACUUGUGGGAGGACUCGCACCGGGAACCUAUGACUCUUCAACAAAUAUGUGCAGAUGUAAACAGAGUCAGGAAUUGGGGGCAGCAGGCUUAUUUUGAUUCCAGCCACAAGAUUUCUCCUCUCAGUAAACCUGCCCCAGCGAAUUUGGCUCCGGUAGCCAACAAUCCUGAACAGAGGGAGCCUGAAGAAAGCAGGAAACCGACACACAUUCCCUCCUACCAGCAGAUUAACUGUGUGGACAACAUUGUUAGAUAUUUAGAGAGCUGUACUGGACCGGCUCUGAAACGGAAGAGUGAAUCCCACUGCCUAGCCACUUCUUCUUCCUCAUCCUCUACCUCUGAAGAUGACAAGCCAGCCAGAGCCAAUGACCCAACUCAAGCUGCUUCGGAUGUAGCCAUGUUGGAAAGCGAGGUGUCAGUCGGGCCGAGCACUGCGGCUGUCGUCGGAGCGCCACUGACGGACAUCACCAUGUCCACUAAGGCGAUGAGUGUGGUCUCCGUCACCAGUCAGUGUUCGUACAGCAGCACCAUUGUCCAUGUGCCCCAACCUGAAUCGGAGGCUACAGCGCUAGAGGACGUGCCAAUGGGAAGCGAACCCACUGACGCCGCUCUUACCGUGGUCCGUCCUGCACCGAGCUCUGCGCCUGAGGAACCGAGGUUCGUAGGCCUUACCAAGGAGGUUCUCUCAGCUCACACGCAGAAGGAGGAGCAGGAGUACGUGGACCGUUUCCGCAAUCGCAUUCUGCAGAGUCCCUACAGUUUCUAUCUCCAGCUGGACAACGGCUCAAUGGCCCACUCCCAACACCGAGGUGAAUAUCCACGGCCAAUCAACCGCUCAAGAAGAGUAAAACCCAGACUUAGGCGCCCCAAACCCGUUGGCUCAUCGGACAGCUACGCCUCUCCACCUGGACCUUCUCGUCGAGUCCCCGACUCCUCCUGGCCCUCCUCGGAAUCCUCCCAGCCGCAAAUGGCGGCGCCGUUCAAUCAAGCGUCUCCACUUCAAGCGCCGUUCUUUCCCAUGUUGGCGACCCAACCGGGCCCUGAGCAACCACCUAGACUGCAACCGGUACCUGGAGCCCCUCCUAUUAUGGCGCAGCCCCAUGACCAGACCCAGCUGAACUACAACUUUCCUCUCAUGCAGCAAAACCAAAAUCUGCCAGGCAUGCAACAGAUCCAAAUGGAAUCCAUUCAGAAUCUGCAGAAUGUCCCCAAUUUUCACAACAUGCAGCCUCUGGUUCCUGGCCAGAAUUCCUUCAUGACGCCGGUCAUGGCUGUCAUCCUACCCAACUACCCGAGUUUCGCUCCAGGUUAUCCGUCAAUUUACUCCGCCUCCAAUGCCUCCGUGAUGCCCCAGGUUCCCAUGACCAUGGCGGGGUUCGCCCCUGCCGCCCCCUUCCCGCAACCCCAGUUCCCAGCCCAGGUUGCGCCCCAAGCUCAAACCUCCCCCGGACCCCUGCUCGGCUCGCCCGGAGCUUGUUCCUCUUUGGGGGAGGAGGAGGAAGAGACGGCAGGCCCGCGAGCGUUGUUUUCUAGCUCGCGCUCAAGUUCUCCACUUCAACUCAACUUGCUGCAGGAGGAACUGCCCAAACCAAGUGAAGGGCAGAGCAGCACAGGACUCAACCACACAGAAAGCCUUCAUGAGCAGGGUGGAAAUGAGGGCGGUGCCCCAAGUGAUUCUGGAAACCAUGACGCUCAAUCCACAUCCAGUGAGCUGCUUGACCUCCUGCUGCAAGAAGAUGCACGAUCGGGGACAGGCUCUAACGCUUCAGGGUCCGGCUCGGGAGAAUCCGGAGGCUCGCUCGGAUCCGGAUCUGGAUCCGGCUCCAAUGGAACCUCUACCUCUCACACGGGCAGCAGCAACAGCAGCAAGUAUUUUGCCAGCAACGACUCCUCGGACACUUCGCGAAAAGCCCGCAAGAGCCAGGAAGCGCCGGCAGAGCACCAACACGGCUUCGACAAUCAGGUGGAGAGCUCGCUUUGGAGCAUGAUCCAGCACACGUCAGAGCAUGUCAUGAUGACUUACCAGAUCCGUAACAGGGACCAGGCUGAGGUGUUGGCUGAGGACCGGGAGAAGCUGCGAGUGCUUCAGCCUCUCCAACCUUGGUUUACACAGGAUCAGCGAGAGGAGCUGGCCCUUGUCCAUCCCUGGAUCCAGCAGCAUACCAUCCCACUAGAGAUAGAUAACCAGGGUUGCGUGACUUGCAUCGGCGGUGCGGGAGCGGCCCAUUCACCUGCGCCCCCGGAUCCCGACAGCUCUUCCCCUCUGGAGGUUUUGGAGCCGGACUCCAUUAUAGACACUUGAGAGCUGUGACCCAAAAAGUACCAUCGACCUUUGAUAAAGUGCAUCUCGUCCGAUCGGGCCGGAGAAUUUCUUCUCUGUCUGUUAGUCUAGCUCGAUUUGUGGGGGAAAAGAGAUGGGCAUUUUCAGCUUAAAGGUAUAAACACUCAGUCAGUCUAAAGUGGGACCAUGACUGUUAUACCUCUCCGUGUUGUUUUAAGUAUAUCCUCUGGCCGCUAUUUCAAGAUGGCUGCCCUUCUAGAGGUCCGAUGUGAAAUAUGACAGGACCGUACCAGCCUGGUUCAAGUAUCAGAACGCACAUGACAAUGGAUCGCAGGAUUCGGGAAGGAUGAUUUUUUUUAGGACCCGCUGAUGAGCACUGUGUGCACAAAGACCCCACAUUGCAUAUUCCAAACAAACCAAGCACUUAUUGUACACUUUGUACAGUACAUGUACCACUUCUCCAGUGACAUAAUAUCAGACUGUGGCGGUUCAGUUGUCAGGGACGGAACUUAAGUGGGUGCUGGCGAUGUGGCCACACCCAGGCCUCUAGGGGGCCUGGUUUGCGGGUGGCAAGUGGACUUGGUUGAGUCAAACCGAAAGGUAAGAUGAUGCGCGGAGCUGUAAUAUAGUGUUUUAAGUAGAGUUGUCCGAUAUUGACUUUUCAACCGGUGUUCCGAUAUUGUCCAACUCCAAAAAUCCGAUACAUGCAGUCGUGGACUUAAAGUGCCUAUGACAGCAAAAAGCAUUCAUAUUUCUCGCUGUAUUUUUUUGCUCCUGACUGAAAUGGUUCGCUUGGAAGUGUGCGGAAGCAAUCGAUUUAUAUAUUGGAUUUUUUUUAAUCCCGCGCCAUGAAAAUGAGUGACCUCCGGCUCCAGACUCGGAUUGAGGACAAAUGCGAAUGUGACGUCACCCCUGUCAGCGUCUCACAAUACAGCAUUGCUUUAUAGCAUGCAGAUGGACUGCGAAUUCAGCCGAUUUUGCGGAUUAAUUUGUUUGUUUUUGGCAUUACGCCUCCAAAUGUGCUGCAGGGUUUUGUUGCUGCACCAGGGAGAGGCGUGUGAGCCUUUUUGGGUUUCAAAAAGUUCCCGUUCACCACAGAUAACGACUGUGGGAAGAGUAGAGGCGUGUGAAAUUGCCGAUUCAUAGAUUAUUUGCGAUUUGGCUGUGAAAGAUUCGAGAACGAUUCAUAAACAUCCAAAUUCCGAUUAUUGAAUUAUACCAGGUAAAGCGGAAAUAAAACACAGUCAGCGCGGUCUUUGGGACGCAAUGAGGAACUGACCGAGAGUAAAUAUCUUUUUCAACUCAUGCCACUAGAUAAAAAAAACAAACAAAAAACAAUCAUACCCGGCUGCGGCCGACAGCCACUACAAACAGCGACCGGUUGUUAGUUGCUACAAACAUACAGCAACAUAUGGCUAUGGUAGAUAUCACAUAUUUUAGAACUAGAUGUGAAAUGACAGUAACGACAGUGCUGGAACAUAUACAAAGAACUAGAUGUGAAAUGACAGACUUGCCGCCAUCUUAAAGCAGUAGACUUCUCUACAAGGCUCUGUUGUAGCUAAUUGUACCUAAUUACUUUUUAUCUAAAAUAUCCCUAAAUCUGCAAAAUCUUGACUUGAAUCUAUCUUUAAAUGAUGAAACACUUUUAAAACUUUGACAUGUCGGAAGUAGACGGAUGGGAAAUUAUGGAAUACCGGGAACAAUUUUCACAACUUUAACGGUUGAUUCACAAUAUUAAAUUAAUUGAACGGAGUUUAAAGCUUUUGAUACAGAAUGGGGACUUGAGUAUUUAAUUUACUGUUUUUAACUGUUACCUUGAUACUAAAAUAGUUUGGUUUAGCCUGAGAGGAUUUUUGAACAAUUUUGGAACUAGUUUACAAAACAUUAAAAGUGUGGUGGGGUGCAUGAAUAAUCGAUUUAUAAUUGAAUCGGAGCCUCUGAAUCGUAGUCGUAAUCGAAUAUUUAGGUGCGCAAAGAUUCCCAGCUCUAAGGACCAGUAGAGCCGGGAACCAAAAGUGGUAUUUGCCGUGUGGCACCCUCGUCGCCGUGUGACAUGAUCCGGGGUAGUUUUGUGUGAUUUUUAGUUUUCAAAAGGCGAGAAUAAGACUUGGAAACGCUGCUCGGUUCAGCUAGCUGUCACGUCUCCUGGUUUCUUUACGCUCUCCGAAGCCGGGGCAGGGAAAUGACAAAAGCCGGACUAACUACGGUGGCCUAAAAUACCGUUCGGGAUAUGCAAAAGGUCAACAGUUUUGACUAUUAUGCAGUAAUUUUGCCCUGUUGUACUGAAUCAAUGUAUUUUUAUCUGGGGCUUUGCAUUGCAAAUACCCAGAUAGUGAAAUUCAGGUUGUUGUUGUUUUCUUUUGAAUGGGAUUUCUUCGGAACGCCGCACAUCCCGAACCGUUUGACCGAUUGGCACUGUUCAAAUAUCGAAAAGACCGGAAUUCUCGUGCGACAAAGGGACUUUUUCGAACAACCCCUUAAAAAUUUUCAGUUUGCUCAUAAACCCCGUUUUUUUACCAUUUUUCGAAGAAAAAAAGAAACAAAUUUUCAAAUGUAUGUAUCUAGUCCUACAAUUUUUGACCAAACCACAUAAUUUUGACGUCAAAAACUCCGGGAUGGUGAGAGGCAGAAAAGUUCGGUUCCCCGGUAAUUUACCAAAAACUUUCCCACUCACUUCCAAUGGAAUUUACAUUGCAUCAAUGCCAAUGUACUUGGAUUCCAUUGACGCAUAUGGAUGUCGAUGCCAUUGACGACCAUGGAUGUCCAAAUUUCCCAUUCAUUUUCAAUGGCAUUUACUUUGUUUAAUGCCAUUGACGGCCAUGUUUGUUGAUUCUAUGGAUGCCAAUGUAAGUCGAUGCCAUUGAUAUCCAAAUUUCCCAUUCAUUUUCAAUGAUAAAAAAACAAAUGUCUUCAAAUCAACAGGAAAUGACCAAUUAUCAAUAGGACGCGUCCCCCAAAUGUCCCCAAAUGACCUGAUAUGACCAGGACACCCCCCCAAAUGUCCCCAAAUCAGCAGGAAGUGACCUGAUAUUGUCCCAGAAAUGUCCCUAAACCAACCUGGGCGGGGCUAAGAUCUGUAUCUCCACACAGCAAAGCCCCAGAGUAAUUUCUCCAGAAAUUGCAGUUUCUAGUUAAUAUUUCAUGUUCCAUUUAGCACAAGCCUGUUGUUAUUUGUCAUCACCAUACCAUUUAUUUAGCAAUUGGGGAAAAACACUAAGAUAAAAAGAAUAUCCUGUAAAAAUAUUGGAGUAAAGAGAUUGAAACAAUGACAUUUUGCUGCUCUCUUCGUCGCGUUUCCAUCGUUCUGAAUCUUCCCCCUCAAUGGGCUGAAUUCGAAAUCAGAUGAAAUCGUGAGCCUGCCGAUGUCAUCCCCCAGCUGGUGACGCUAGAGCGCUAUAAUGACAGGCGGGGCUAAACGGCAGAUUAAAAGACUCAGGUCUCGUCGUCUUGGCUUUGCAAAAUGUUUGUAUAUAGUCUCAAAAUAUGAUUCUAAUUCACAUAAUAAUGCUAUUUAAGACUUUUAUUAAUGCUGUCACAGGCACUUUAACAUAUUUAUUGUUCAUUUAAUUUUUGCUGCAUUAAUGCAAAUGUUCUGCACACAUAACAUACAUCUGCCGAUUGUCUUGAGGGGCCCGCCAAUCAUUGUUUACUAGCACAUCAGCCCCUGUCGGACGGUCCACUCGGGGAGUUAUCGCACCCGUGCCCUGUUCACAUUUGUUCCGCCGCUGAUCUGUCAUCCAUUGGUUGACGCCAGCAGAUAUACUGACGAUCAUUUCUCGAAGACUUUACAGCACCCCAACAAUGCUUUUUCUCAAACUCGCUGUACUAAGUACACGUGACCUUUGAAUUCUGCGUGUGCGCUUGCGUGUUUCCACUCGACUCUGAAUGUUGUAGCUCGUGAUCUGCCGCUCAAAAGCGAGCGGACGACGGCCGCUCCCUUCCGUACGGCGGCCCGUUUGUGCAAAAUCCACCCGGCGGACUUCCCGUUUUUAGAUUGAGGUGACAUAUGAGAGAAUGGUGUUUUUUGUAGGAGAGAUGGACACAGAAGUUCACGGUGUACAUAAAAGCCAUUUGUCUUGAGUUCAGGGACUGUUUGUGACACAAAGGAAUGAAUAAAUAUGAUGUCUGAGAUUUUUGGUACGAUUCUUAUUCAUGUUUUGAAAUAUGGAAAAAAAAAUUCUCCAUCACGAUAUUGGCUAUUUCAUAUCACGAUAGCGAUAUGCCUUGAUGUGUAUUUUUUUUUUGAAUCACUUGUUGAAAAAAAAAAAGAAAAAGACUACUAUGACAGCUCCCUUUUCUCAUUUGCCAAACAUGUCACUCUUCAACAAAUUGCCAUUAAUUCUCAACAUUGACCACUUGACGGCGCAAUACAGCAAAUGAACCACCAUGAAGCGUUAAGCCGCUUUCCUGUCACUAAUUUUGUAAAAUAUAAUGAUU